AUGCUUCAGAACCUAACGAGUGUCGAAAAUCUUCGAGCUCACGAAUUCGCAUCACUGGAGCAAUGUCUUUAUUACUUUUUAGCAAGUGAGAGUGCAAAACGUAUGAGAAGGUUGGGUAUUCCACAUCCUAUCGCCUCCGUGCCUCCAAAUUACUUAAGUCGACAGCCUGUCAAUAUCAAAUUCAAUCAGAUUACUCUUCAGCACUUUGAAUUGAACGAAUUUCUCAAAGAUAUCGCUAUUCAUGGUUAUAUGGAGAUGUCAUGGAUGGACGACCGACUUAAAUGGAGCCGUGAUAAGUGGAAAAUGGAAAAACUUCAGAUACAGAGCCUGAAUCACGUCUGGAUUCCGUUGUUUAUUGCUCAAAACUAUGACACUCACUUGAAGAAUGGUGACGCUUUUGAGAUGAGACGACUGGAAACCACAUCAGCCGGAAACGUUUCUGCUGUUCUUGCAUUUUCGCUGAGAUCGUUCUGUGACGAUUCCGACUUUGAUAAUUAUCCGGAUGACGUCUACAAAUGCUGUUUCACGCUCGAACCUCAAUCAAAUCCUGAUAUUAUCGAAUUUGAUGCAUCUGGCUUACCGAUUUUCACUGACCCAAAAUAUUUUCGCGACUAUGGCUGGAAGGUAUCUGGAACUGUGCCGCAAACUCUAGAAAAUCCUGAUCAAGUCGCCAAACUCGGUUUCUGCUUGAAUCUCCAACGAGCCUCAUCGGCUGUUCGUAUUGAGCUGACUGUGCCCACAAUGGUCUGCGCGUUUCUAUUUCUACUGACACCGUUCCUUGGCGCAAUUAAAAUCCAGAUUUACGCGAAACUUUCCGUCAUGGCGUUACAGUUUCUCACAUUCAUUUUGUUCUCAAACCGGAUAUCUCCACAUCUUGGAAGCGCGGCCGCUACUCCGAAAUUGUUGCGAUUUCUGGAGUUCUCCGUGUCGUUAAAUGGCUUUUCUCUGGGUGCCUCAAUCCUUCUAUGGGCUUGUACGAGGGUAAGACGGGAUUUGCCACCUUGGAGACAACUCAACCAGAUAUCAUCAUUUGUUAACCGAUUCCUUUGUGUACUGCAAACACACAGUUCUGAUGAGGAAGAAACCGUUGAAAAGGCAUCCGCACGCGGAAACUACCAAAAGGUGAAUAUUUCGAUUUAA